AUGUAUUCCAACAGUCAAUUCGAGCCGAAUUCCGCUUUCUCCGGCGGCGGAUUCAUGUCUUCUCAGCCUUCUCAGGCUUAUGAAACCUCGUCCUCCACUGCUAAGAAUCGCGACUUUCAGGGUCUUGUCCCUGUGACGGUGAAGCAAAUCACCGAAUCAGCUCAGUCCGGUGGUGAGAAAUCUGGGAUCGUCAUCAAUGGAGUUGAACUAACAAACGUCUCACUUGUUGGUCUAGUGUGUGACAAAGACGUAUCAAAAGUCACUGAAGUUAGAUUCUCUCUUGACGAUGGAACUGGAACCAUCGACUGUAAAAGAUGGGUGAAUGAAAGCUUCGACGCUAGGGAAAUGGAGUCAGUGAGAGAUGGAACCUAUGUGCGUCUUAAUGGUCAUUUGAAGACUUUCCAGGGGAAAAAACAGCUUCUUGUUUUCUCUGUGAGGCCUAUUAUGGACUUCAAUGAGGUUACCUUUCACUAUAUUGAGUGUAUACACUUCUACUCUCAGAACUCUGAUUCGCAGUUUGGACAACAAGUUGGUGAUGUCACUCAAUCUCAUACGGUCAGUUCACAGGGUGUAUCAAACACAAACCAAGCAACCACAUUGAACCCUGUGAUGUCCUCUCAGAACAACGAUGGAAAUGGUCGCAAGAACUUAGAUGAUAUGAUUCUAGACUAUCUAAAGCAACCUGUUUGCGCUGCAAGAGAACAAGGGGUACACCUUGAUGACAUUGCCCAGCAACUAAAGGUCCCAAAGAACAAGAUUGAGGAUGUUAUUCGGUCAUUGGAAGCUGAUGGUCAAAUAUACUCAACGAUCGAUGAGUAUCACUUCAAGCAUGUCGAGCUUUGA